AGACGCAUAACGAAUUAAACCCUCCCAAAAUUUUAAAUUUUCAAAGUUAACUCAUGAUGGCAAAUAUGCCCUUCAAAAGUUCAACACUGGCGAGCAUCCCCCACCACUCCGGCAACUCCCAGGGAUAAAAUGGUAAAACAGGGCAGAGAUGGUCCGCUCACCGCUUUCCCCGGAACGUCCAGCCUCGGGCUCAACCCCAGAGGGCAGACCGUCCCCGAGCAACUUCCGCCUCCAGCGACGGUAGAGAGAGGCAGAGCCGUCGCCGGAGGUGAGGUGAAACACCAUCUCGGCGAUGGCGGCAUCCCCGCCGCCAUACGCGGGAAUGAUGAAGAUCUUGUGGACGAAGUCGUCGGCCAGACCGUCCGGCAGGGGCGGCGGCGCGACAGCCGUUCUCNGGCGAAGAAAAUGGGCGGUAGAUCCGGCGGGGAGAGGAGGGUAGAGGCCACCAAAUCUUUAAAGGGCAUCGAAGGGAGAAGACGGCGAGGCGAAGCAACAGAUACGAUAACAGAGAGGGAGAACAAGAACAAGAAGAAGAACAAGAGGGGGGUGGUUUAGGGAAUUCGGGACAGAUUGGAUAGGGGCUAGGAGAUCUGUUAGAUGGUAGAGAGAGAGAGAGAGAGAUUUUGUUUGUUUGUAUUCUUGCCGUGGGUGAUCCGGGGAAUAAAAAUAUAAUUUUAAA